ACGAGGCAGAAGGUAGGCACUUAGGUUCACAGGUGUGACAGGUAUAUAAGAUCUUUCGCCCAUGCACUCCAGAGACUAUUUCCAUUCGCCAUCAUCCCACAUCAAAGCAAAAACACAAUCUUAUCCAAAACAAACCCGAAGCACCCUUUUCGAACUCAACCAAUCCAAACUUUCUCUAACACAAACCACACCACACUUCACCUCACCUCAACCAUGUCCGGCUACGACUCCUACUACUCCCAAGGUUACCAGAACCAGAACCAAUACUCAAGCUACAACCAACCCGCCACAAGCUCCUACCCAAGCGACGGCUUCUCAGGAUCUCAAUCCUACCAGACCCAACAACCAUACUACCAGGACAACCGUGCUCCCUACGCUCAAGACCAAUACGGCUCCAGCAACUCCUACUACAACUCCAACUCUCAACCUGCUCCCGGCCAAGAAGCCGACAGGGGCAUGAUGGGUGCCGUGGCCGGCGGUGCAGCCGGCGCCUUCGGUGGCCACAAAGCCGGACAUGGCUUCUUGGGGUCAAUAGGCGGUGCCAUCAUCGGUUCUCUCGCCGAAGACUACGCCAAGAAGAAUAAGAAGAACAAACAUCAUCACAAGGCCGGCGGCAGCAACAGCAACAGCAUGAUGGGCGGCGGUCUCGGCUCCACGGCCUCCAGCUUCUUCAACCGCAAGAACUAGGGGUUGAGUCUAAAUGAGGGUUGUCAAGUUGUGUUCCCCCUUUUUUUUCCGAGCAGGCGUUGGGUACGAAGCGAUGAAAAAUCCAUUUCCCCCUCUCCAAUCCGAUCUAGUUCCCCUGUCUCCAGCGGGGCCUACGUCGACAAGGUCUUCUGCUUGACAGAGUGCAGGGAAGGAAGCGAGAGAGCGUCAUGUGGAGAUUUGAAAAUCGUCCGCUAUCAUUGCUGUGAUUUUGUCUCAUGAUGCGCUGGUCGUGGUUGAGACACAUCGGCUGUUUGCUUGUCUCUGGCGCUUGGUAGUGGUCAAAGGGUACACUGUGUUCGCAAUGGGGAGUUUUGAUAUCAUGGCAUUGGGAUGGAUAGGCCCAUGGGCGCAUUGAUGUGGAGUUUUGGGACGAUAUUUUGCCUGAGACUUUCGGCGCUAUUGAGACUCAUGGCCCCUUUUGGACCUUGUUGAAUUUAUGUAUAUACACUCAUCACAGCUGCAUCGCAGCCUCAACCCCAAAUCAAGAGAUCUGGU